AUGUAUGAUAGUAGAAUAAUAUCAUUUGCCUUAGGAAUACUAAAAUUAUUAUGUGAAUUACUGUUUAUAAUUUUGUUCAAACAUUAAGGUAAUUAAGGUAUUUGUAAAAUUUAAGAAAUAGGAAAAAGGACAAUAAGUAAAACUGAUAAAAAAUAUUUGACAAUAUUUUUGAAGCAUCUGAUAAGAAUAAAGAUUCUAAAAAGAUCAGAAUUAUAGACCGAAGUAUGAUGAUAUAAUGAUAAAUUUAGUUACAAGCUUUUUCGAUAGAAUUUUCGAAUAUAUCAGAAACAUCUAGCCUAUUCAAAUUGAUUAAAAAUGACUAAAAAUAAUGA